AUGGCUGGUGUCUUCACUCCCGCUUCGAGGUCAUCCACGGGCGGAUCCGUGAAACUCACCCCUAACAACUCCCCCGGAUACUUCUCUCGGGGAGGACCCAGUAGUAACAAUAGCAAUAGUUCGAACCCAAAGGCGCCGACGAAGCGUCAGUUCUCGGCCUCCACCAGCUCCACGUUCCCCGACAGCAGUCUGUCGCUGAGGCGCGUUAUCGGCUGCUCGACCAAUGCCUUCGAUAGCCACCCUCCCACGCGAUCGUUUGCGUAUACCGCCGGUGCUGCCGCCGUCGUAGUCACCCUCGAUGACAACCUACAUGUCACCCAACGAUUCUUCAGGGCGCGGCCGAACGCCCCUACGCUUACAUCCGCUGCAGCGGGGGCGCAUCUCACACCAUCAUCCACACCUCAGAGCGAAAGUAGAGUCCGUGCGGCGGCUUCCCUACGCGAAGCGGGUAUCGGAUACACACCGUCCUCGGCCGGGGCGUCGUUCGGCGACGACAGUUCGAACGGAAAGACGUGGACGGCGAGGGAGAGGAUAAAGGCGGCCACGUGCCUGUCGUUCAGCCCCGAUGGAAAGUGGUUAGCGGUCGGGGAGACGGGAUAUAACCCGCGCGUAUUGAUCUUUUCCAUGUCGAAGGAUGUCCAGAGCGACGUGCCUGUGGCGGCGAUGUCGGAACAUACUUUCGGCGUCAGAGAUGUAGCUUUCAGUCCAGAUUCAAAGUACUUGGCGAGCAUAGGAACCGCGAAUGACGGAUUCAUAUAUGUUUGGUCGUUGAACCCCAGCAAACCCGGACUCGUCCAACUCCAUGCGAGCAAUAAAUGCACGAGCUUCAUCCGACAGAUUGCAUGGAUGGGCAGGACACUGGUGACAGUUGGAACCCGCCACGUGAAAUUAUGGAGAACCGAAGAAGAUGUUUGUGACGGCCGAAAAUCGAAACGAAAGUGGAGGCUGACCCGCAAGCAACAGAAGCCAAAUGCCUCGGGUCCGGUCGUUUUGCACGGCCGUAACGCGCUCCUCGGGAACAUGUCGGAUUCGACCAUGAGCUGCAUCGUGGGGAUAUCGGAGGACAAGGCCGUGGUGUGCUCGGAGCGGGGCGAUAUUUGUCUGCUCGAAGAGGCAGGCAUGCGGUUCUCGAAGGUGGCCGACGCCGGCUUUGGCGUGCAUUGCAUCGCGGUCGACGUCGAGCGCAAAUUCGCCUGGGUCGCCGGUAAGAAUGGCAGCCAUAGUGCUCUGGUACUGGCGAAUAUCGUCCCGCCGACCCCGCCGGCUUCUCCAUCGUCUUCGCGAUCCAGCUCGCCGGUUCUUCCGUCGGGAUGUCGCCGUGCCGAUGUCGUCGCCAUGGCCUCAAUGUUUGGCCAUCUGUUCACCCUGGAUUCGAAUCGGUCUCUGAAGAUAAUUAAUAUGUCCACGGUCGAUGGCGUGCCCGUGCCGAACUCUAUGGUCCGUGAGCUCCCUGCGCACAAGGAUGCAUGUUUGGGUGUCAGGCCGCUCCCUCGCAAUCACCCCUCGGAGGCAGCUUUCUUCACCUGGUCGGCCGGAGGUGCUGUUUUGUUUUGGUGCUUGGAUGGAAUCUGCAAGGCCGAAUUCCAGGUCAUGUUGGAGCAACCGGCAGAAGGCGAGGAUGAUGUCAGCAACGAACUGAAGGUUGUUAGGGUUUCGGAUGAUGGGACGUUUUUCGUGUCUGGAGACAAAUACGGAGUACUGCGUGUCAUCGAUGGCGAAUCUUUCGAACAUUACUACGAUGUCAAGGCACACAGCGGCGAGAUCAUGGAUAUCACCAUGCACCAGGAUACCAUCGUCAGUUGUGCCAGGGACCGCACGGCUCAGGUGUUCAAAAGGAUAAAUGGAACCUGGACUUUGUCUCAGACGCUGGAUGAUCAUACCGCCAGCGUUCAGAGGGUGCUCUUGUUGGAGAAUGGGAACAAACUGUUGUCCUGUUCGACGGACCGAACGAUAGUGAUCAGAGAGUUGUGUCACCGAGAGGCACUCGACGGUACCGUUACGGACGCUUACAUUCCGCUGCGAACACUCAACACCAAGGCGUCACCGAUCCAUUUGGCACCGCUGUCUGAUUCCGCUUCGACGUUGCUGGUGUCAACUCUCGACCGUCAGAUCAUCAAAUACGACCUCACUAACGGGAAGAUUAUCAACAGCUUCAAAGUCACGGAUGAGACUGGGGAUUCCGUCGUCAUGGAUGCCAUCACACUAUCGGAGGACAAGGGAAAGCCCAGGAUCAUCGUGGGCACUUCGACUACGGACAAGAGCAUACGACUGUACGAUCUCAACGGAGGUUUGGUUGAUAAGGAGUGGGGGCAUACGGAGGGUGUCAGCGAUGUUUGUCUUCUGGAAGUCGGAAAGGAACGGGAGGGAGGAAGUACGACUGUCAUCAGCACUGGAACGGACGGCACGAUCAUGAUUUGGGAUUUCUCGGAACGGGGGUCACAGGGAGUGAACGGCAACGGGACACCAAGUCGUGAUUUGGAGGUUACACCGCAGAGGGAUCUGACUGCAGCUCGGACUCCGUUGAGGAGGGUUCUUAGCAGGACGGAAUUGAUGGACUUUACACCGAGAGGUGGUAGCGGUAACAAUUCGGAAUUCUCGGGGGUCUCGGGCAGCAAGUCGGUCGGAAGCACAUCUCCACCGAGGCCGCUCAGGAAGAAGGGGUCAUUGUACGGACUGAAUAGAACCCUCUCGGCGGUUUCGAAGGCUGGGAAUGCGGUCCAGCAACAGACUAUAACGCAAUCGCAAGCGCAGCAGAACCAGUCGUCCACCUCAUCUGAAGACUCGUUGGUCUCGCCGUCGACGCCGACAGCAGUAAUAAACCCCGCCAAUGCCAAUGGCCGGGAAAGCCGGAAAGCCCGCGGGAGGACACCGAGUCCACCUGACGAGAAGACGCGGCUGGCUGCACCGCCAAGACGGUUAAGCUGCGAUGCUAGGUCGUCUACCAGAGGACAGAGUAGAACGCGCGUCAAGAGCGAUGCCAACAGCAAUGGUCCCGGGUCCAUGAACGCACUAGCGCAGAGUCUGACGCGGAGUCUGCGGAGCUUCCGAAAACGUGUCGAGCAAACGGGCCUGACGGAAAACGGUGCCCUCCGGCCAGAGAUCAUGAGAGGCCUUCAACGCGAACUGGGAUUGACCGUCAAGGAACUGGGUGGCGAUGACAAGAGCGGAGAGCGUGACGGAGAGAGCAGUUCCGGAGACGACGAUACAAUGGCGGCGAUGUUGGAGGCAUAUUCGAGCAAGCUCUUGAGUAUGGUGAACGAUAGACUGGAAGAGCAGUUCCAGAAGAAGGAAGAGGAAGGGCAGCCGAAGACGAAUGGCAUAGCUGCGGCCAAGAUGGACGUUCGCGUCAAUGGAGAGAGUAGUAACGGCAACGGACUGGACCGAAGGAAAUCCGGAAGAGCCGAAGUGACAGGAGAGGGUUAA